AGAUGAAAAAGACCAAUCAGCUGACUGACAGCCACGAAGGACUUAUUUUUCCAUGGUGUAAUUAUCUAAAUUGGGUAAAUUAUUACAUAAAACAUUUUUCGUAGUUGUCUGUAGUGAUCUGUAUUUAACUUUGUUAUAUAUGUGGUAUAAAUUAUAAUGGAUUUUGUUGACUACAUGAGUUACAGUUGGCGUUUUUAACGUUAUAAGAAAAAUGGAAGAAGCAGAAAAUAUAAAAAUAUACGCGUCAUAUUUGAAAAAGUUCAAAAUAACCUAAAUAGAGGAAGCAAAAGCUAGUCGAAUUGUUUUAUUUAUAUAAUAUUUAUAAAUGAAUAGAUGUUUUAAAAAUAAUCAAAUUUUAUUGUAAUUCCAUUUAAUAUUGUAUAUAAUACAAUGAUAGAGUAAGUACCAAAGAUAUAUAAAAAUCAGUUAUUAUAUAAAGAAAUAGAUGUUUGUUAACGUAUGGAAUACGAGAAAAACAUUUGAUAUAGAAGAUAUAAAGAAAGAAGAUAGAAAGGGAACGAUGGCAGCGACGAUGGUGGAGACGCCUCCCCCCCAGCUCAUCACAAACAUCGAGUGGGGAAUGAUGGAUAAAAGUAAAUUCUACCCCCUUUAUACAUUGAGCAGUUUCACAGUUCGAUGCGCCCUCUACCCGCUGACGUUGAUAAAAACUCAAAUACAAGUUCAAAGAAAGAAGGAAGCGUAUAAAGGCGUUUCAGACGCGAUAACGAAGAUCUACGCGAGCGAGGGCGUGUCCGGUCUGUACAGGGGAUUUUGGUUGUCAAGUUUUCAGAUAAUAUCUGGCGUAUUCUAUAUAUCAACGUACGAAGGUGUGAGACACGAGCUCGGCAGAUACGAGAUCAGUCCAAGGAUGAAGUCGUUCAUCGGCGGUGGCUGCGCGUCCAUCGUCGGUCAAACGGUGAUCGUUCCGUUCGACGUGCUCAGCCAACAUCUCAUGGUGCUGGGAUUGGCUAAGGGCACUGGUGUUAAGAACGCGAAGAUCAACCCGCUGGGGCUGGACCUGUCGCAGCGGCUGUCGAAGGCGGCGCUGGCGCGGCAGGUGGCGGUGCGCGUGUACCGCCUGCACGGCCCGCUCGGCUACUACCGCGGGUACGCCGCCUCGCUGGCCGCCUACGUGCCCAACUCCGCGCUCUGGUGGGCGCUCUACACCGCCUACCAAGAUGAACUCUUCAAAAUCAGCCCCUCGUGGGUGUCGCACUUGUUCAUACAGUGCGUGGCGGGCACGCUCGGCGGCUUCACGACCACGAUCCUAACCAACCCGCUCGACAUUGUGCGGGCGAGACUACAGGUUGAAGGUGUCGGUACAAUGAAAGACGUGUUCAAAGAGUUAUGGCGGGAAGAAGGUCUGAUAGGUCUAUAUGCGAAGGGCUUAUCAGCGAGGCUGGUGCAGUCCGCCUGCUUCUCGUUUUCGAUAAUACUCGGCUACGAGAGUAUAAAACGGGUCUCCCUUAGUGAUGAGUACAGGACCAGAGUACGCUGGUGAUUAAAUAAAAUUGAUGUUUAA